AUGCUGCAAGUUAUUAAUACUGCGGGCAGGCUGACUAGGUCUAAUGUUAGCCGAUCUUUGCUGUCAUUUUCAACAAGUUCAGCAAGACAAUCUGAUGAUCCUGCGAAUCGUAAGGAGGCUCCUAUUCUAGACAACGAAUCUGUACUAGCUCUUCCCCACCAAGUGAGGCAGAAGGAAGUCCAAGCCGCCAGCAUCAAUGUCCCUGUUCAGGUUGACAUUACACCAAUAACUGGAAUACCAGAGGAGCAUGUACGUACUCGCAGAGUUAGAAUCUAUCAGCCACCAAAGAACGCGAUGCAGAGCGGCACCAACAACACUCAUCAUUGGGAAAUGGAAUUUGAUAAUCGCCAGCGUUGGGAGAACCCUCUCAUGGGCUGGACAUCAACUGGCGAUCCUCACUCCAACUUGAAAUUGCAAUUCACUUCCCCCGACGAAGCCAUACAGCAUUGUGAGAAAAAUGGUUGGGUGUGGUACAUCGAUGCUCCCAAACUUGAAAAGGAAUUCAAACCGAAAAGCUAUGGAAUUAACUUCUCCUGGAAUCGCCGUACACGAGUAUCUACUAAGUGA